UGUUUCUGAGCGAUAUGAGACCUCUCGAAGAGUCACUGUCAAGAUGGCGUGAAACACAAUCUCAAGGCGCACACCUUGGUGAUCUCCGUCAUGCUGUUCGUGAAAACGGUCCAUCAAGCCCUUGUAUAUCAGGCUGUCGUUCUCUUUGCUGGAAGACUUUCCUACUCUCAACUGCUGCUGAGGGCUUAAGCUGGUCCCAGGUUCUAGAUGAUGGGAGGCAGUCUUACACGGAACAAAGGAACCAUUUUCUCAAGUAUAUCAAGCACCCAGAGGCCCUUGCGGAACUGAAUAUUGACCCUUUGAAUGAAGACCCAAACUCGCCGUGGAACACCAUUCGUCAAGAUGAGAUUAUUCGCGCUGAAAUACAGCAAGAUGUCCAGCGAUUACCCGAUGAGGCAUCCUACCACGAGGACCAGACCCAAGCGACUAUCUUGGAUAUCCUCUUCAUGUACUGCAAACUGAACCCCGAGCGAGGAGGUUACCGACAGGGUAUGCACGAGUUGCUUGCACCCAUUCUACAUGUCAUCGAGCAGGAUUCUGUGGAUCCCUCGACCUUACCAGAAGAUAUUCCUUCCGAUGAUGCCCUUGCCAAAACUCUCGAUCACUCGUUCGUCGAGCACGAUGCCUUCAUUUUAUUCUCCAAACUGAUGGAGCGUGCUCAAUCGUUCUACGAAGUCACGGACACCGCCACGACACCAGGAACCUCAUUGCGACCUUCAAAAUUUCCAGAACAAAGUUCUGCCAUCGUGGAGCGAAGUAAAUUUAUCCAUGAAGUCUGUUUGCACAAAGUCGAUCCUGAACUGGCUACCCACCUUACUAACAUCGAGAUCUUACCACAAAUUUUCCUGAUUCGGUGGGUUCGAUUACUCUUCAGUAGAGAAUACCCCUUUGAGCAGUUCUUGGUACUCUGGGACACCAUUUUUGCCGUCGACCCGACUCUGGAACUUAUUGAUCUUAUUUGUGUUGCCAUGCUAAUAAGAAUUCGAUGGCAGCUAUUGGAGGCUGAUUAUUCUGUCUGUCUUCAGCUACUCCUUAAAUACCCACCUCCCUCAGACGCUCACGGUCCUCAUACCUUUGUUGACGACGCAUUGUAUCUUCGAGAUCAUCUCGAUGAAUCGGGUGGCUCAUCUCUCAUUAUGAAAUAUACCGGAAGGAUGCCUGAAGUAUCUUCACCACCUCAAACAUCAAGAACUGGUACUCCGAGUUUUCGCAGCUUCAAUUCAUUCAAACAGAAGAUUCCGGGCUCUAGGUCGCAGGUGACAUCACCUUCGCGAUUCAUUCAGCAACAGGGCGGUAUGGAAGCGCUGUUUCAGGGGGCCGCCAAGGGAGCUAAGGGUGUCUAUGAAAGAGGCGAAAAGCUGGGUAUCAACCAGGCCGUCAGAGAUGCUAUGGGUGAAAUCAAACGUAACAUAAACGAGGCUCGAUCCGCGCCCCGAUCGCCGCAGCCCUUGAUGGGCGAGGGGGAAGCAGCUAGGAGUUUGGCAGCAUUGGAAGCCCGGAACCAGCAUUUGUCAGCCAUGCUUGACGAGACGGUGAACAGCCUCAAAGCAAUAUCUGCCUCCAGUCUGGAAGACAAGGUUAAAAGCCUAGAGCUUAUUGAAGUUGCAGCGGCAAAAGUGCAAUUCGUCAAGAUAUACUUAGAUGACUCUUCGAUGGAGGUUCCGGUUCUACAUUCACCACCACUUGAGGAGACUCCCAAGGAAGUGGUCGUGGCUGAAACGACAAUUGUCCAGCCGGAGCCAGUACCAGGGGCACCCACAGAAUUGGACAUUUCUAGUCUGCAAAUAUCUGAACCGAAGCCAGCCCCCAAGGGAGAAUCAGUGCAAACCUCGGGCUCUGAUCGAAUCGAAGUAGUCACGACUGACGACAGUAAAUCUGCACGGUCUUUAGCCCCCUCACGCCCGGGCCCUGUUCCUACCCGAUCAACACUGGCACAAUCAUCCUUUUCAUGGAUGUUAGAGCCAGACGAGUCUGGAACUCCAAAGCCCAUGGUAUCAUCAAACAAGUCACCGCCGCCACAGCACAAAAAGAAAAUAUCGAAUAGCGCCAGCCGUGAAAAGAACGCUUUCUUAUUUGGCGAGGUUACUGAGAACCGCAAUCCAUUGAAUUCGGAUGAGAUAUUUGGCUUGGAACCUAUUAAGAAGUUGAAGGAAACCAAACACGAUGACAAGGAGAAAGAAUAG